GGAACUCGUAAACAAAAACACUGCGAUUGACUGCGAUCUCGUCUCGGCUGGUGGGUGGUGUUUGGUAGUGAUGGAGGCUUUCUUGUGGAGUUGAGCUUUCAGCUGAUGUGUUGAUCAGAAAGGAGCUCUGCUCAGUGCUGAGACAGUCUCUGAACUGCAGCUAGGACCAAGGAGGAAAAGGUGGGCAAAGGCAGCAACAGAGUGCUAUAUCCUCACUCAGUUGCCACAUCCAGUUUCUGUCAGUCUUUGGCUCUGACAGUGGCACUGCUGCUGCACUGCUCCUAUCAGCUGGUAACUGCACCACUAUCAGCCCAGCUGGGCAGCCCGACUGUUCCAUCAGUCCCCGCUGUCGUCACGCUGGCGGCCGCGGACCCACACGCUGCGCUCGGCGCGGCGCCGCCGCCGGGCCACCCAGACCCGGGCGCCCUGGGCACGCCGCCAGAGUUCUGUCUCAGGUGGAACAACUACCACGAGUCGCUGGCCGACGCCUUCUCUGGCUUCCUGGAGCGGGAGGAUUUUCUGGACGUGUCGCUGGCCUGCGACGACGCCGUCAUCAGCGCGCACAAAUGUGUCCUCUCCGCGUGCAGCCCCUUCUUCCAGGAGAUCCUGCUGAAGAACCCAUGCAGCCACCCGACGAUCGUUCUGCCGAGCGGAGUUCAGGCGGCGCACGUACACCGGCUGGUCAGCUUCAUUUACCACGGCGAGGUUAACGUCCCCCACCACCUGCUGCCCGAGCUCAUCAAGACGGCAGAUCUGCUGAAGAUUCGCGGCCUGGCUUCUGAGUCCAUCAUUCCGGUACGGAUGACGCAGCAGCCGCUGGAGGUUCAGGCGGUCAUCACGCUGCCCGAGCAGGGGCCGCCCGACCUGAGCAUGGCGGCCGCGCCCGCGCCGCCGCCGCCCCAGCCCCCGCCCACUCCGCGGCGCAAGAGGUCACGCCGAGACCCCGGCGACGCACCGUCGCCGCCGCCGCCGGAGCUGACGGCGGCCGAGACGCCGCCGCCUCCACCGCUAUGUCGUGGCGGUGUGGAGCCGGCGGUGGGCCCGGGAGCGCCACAGCAUCACCACCCACACCAGCCGCAACACCAGCCGCAGCACCAACACCAGCCGCAGCACCAACACCAGCCACCACCGCCACACGGCACCGGCGCCGACGACCACAGGUCGGGUCUGCCGGAGCUCUCCGCCGCGGCGGCCGCCGCCUGUCGUCUACCCUCCGGCGUACCACUACGCCUGGAGUCAGCCGAGGUCAAACGGGAGCCGAGCGGCGAGCCGCCGGACCGGGCCGACCGCUCCGAGCGCGCCGCCAGCCUGGAGUCGUGCCGCAGUCCCUCGCAGCAGCUGACCACCAUUGACGGACUGGACCUACUCGAUCCCUCACAACUACUUGGCUAUGACGGUUCAGCGGGCGGAGCGUCCACCCACCGGCCGUGUCCUGUCUGUAACCGGAUAAUGCGCAAACGGGACAUCUCUCGCCACAUGCAGCGUGUGCACUCGGUGCGGAAGCACGCGUGCUCGCACUGUCCGCUCAGUUACGGUUACCGACUGGACCUGCGGCGACACCUGCUGGAGAAGCACGCGGCGCUGGCCGGCCGCGAGAGCCCGCUGUCGGCCGGUGGGUCACCGCACCGAGCCGACGGCGACGGGUCAGACUACGACGAGCGGUCCGACAGCAACGAGUGACCGAAGAGUGCUGGGGGCCUAGGGCUGAGUGGUUGGCGGGACAGUAAGGAGCGACCGCUUGGCGCAGCCUCAAUGGUCGGCGGGAUACCAACGAGUGACCGACGAGGGCCAAUUCGGAGUCGUCAGGGGAUUGAACCUGCGGCCGGGAUCUGAGCGCUGCCGUGCUGGUGGCGUCGAUGGCUAUAUAUCAGCUGUGGUGAAGCAGCGCAUUUGUGUUAUCGCCGCAGUAUUCAGUCAGCUAAGGCUAGAACUGUUGGGUGUGCGAAUAAUUCCCCUGGUAUCCGGGGUUCAUAUCGAAGGAGGCACAGGGCUGCUGAGUCGUUGACUACAUAUGUUCACGCUUCGCGCUUUGCGAACAAGCCGCCAGUGUGACGCUAUGCAUUGUAUAAUGAAUUGUUAUGUGAUGUUUUUGUUUUCACAGAAACUGUUAAAAUAUGUUUAUUCUAGAGGUGUGUCGAGUAAGUCAUUAUCCUGCCAUGUAAGUCACGUUUGUUUUCGAGCUACGGUUUUGGCGUCGACGCCUCCAUUUAUGCUGCAAUGUUGCUUGAUAAUGUUCAGCAAGAGAGCAUUAAGAUGUCAUGACUUCUUGCCACUGUGUUUUGUGCAACCAAGAGCAAAUCAAACUGUAUGCAUGAGGACAAUGCACGCAUCGUACAUUUACGCGAUGUAUAGGGUGCCUGAGAAAGCACGAUGUAUUGUAUGUAUCGAUCUGUUAUGCUGUCAUCUGACCCAGUGUUGAAGGAAAACUAUUUAGAUUCCAUAUAUAAAGAAUUGUUGCUUAUAUUGAAA